AUGUGGUGCCUGAUUUACUCUAGCAGAUGAUGCUGCGUUUCGGUGCAAAACGACACCUUAGUAUUGGGAGGGCAGUGUUACGUAGUCAGCACGUCUCCUCUGCCGUACCCAGGAAGACGAAGAAGACGUAAACUGCAACAUGGCGACUCCCAUGCACAGAUUAAUCGCAAGAAGACAGGCAGAAGCAAACAAACAGCAUGUGCGUUGCCAGAAGUGUUUGGAGAUGGGACACUGGACCUACGAGUGCACAGGAAAGAGGAAAUAUGUGCACAGACCUACACGGACAGUGGAGCUGAAACAAAAAAUUAAGGCUUAUGAAAACCAACAGCAAAGCAUUACUGGACCAGAAACAGAAGGGUCCAGUGAGAAAAAGGCCAAAAAGAAAGCUAAAGACUCCAGCGACAGCAGCAGCGAUUCCGAUUCAGACAGUUCCUCGAGUGACUCAUCGGCUGACAGCAGCGACUCCUCCAGCUCCUCCUCAGAUGACAGUGACAGCAGCAGUGACAGCUCCUCCUCAUCCUCAUCCUCCUCGUCUUCAGAUUCAGACUCAGGAAGCAGCAGUGAUUCAGAUCAGGGACCUCCAAAGAAAAAGAAAAAGAAGAAAUAAACCAUUGAACUGUUUAGUGGCUUUUCUUUUUUCCCAGUCUGUACAUUUUAGGGUUAUGAAACUCAGAGCUGCAAACUGCUUGUACAGCUAUGUUGGCAGAAAUAUGAUAAGGAUUAAAUUAGACGUUGCAUUUGCUGACAAACUAUAUGGUCUGUUUCUAACAUUGUACUCGUACUAACAUUUUCCUGAGGUUGUAGUCUGCUGACAAGGAAAUUUGCUGAAAAUAAUUUGCUAUGUCACAUGAAAGCCUGUGAUUUUUGUACUAAAGUAUAUUUUAUAGUCUAACAAAGUAUAUUACUCAACCUAAACCUUGACAACUUCAUGUGUAGAAUUGGGAAGAAAAAAAUGUUAGUAUGCGCCCCUUAGAAAAGGAACACAGAAUAAUUUUUUUGAUACUGUAUGUUGAGACUGGAGUAAAAUGGUGUUGCUAUGGAAAUACUUGUUUCCGAGUAAAAUAAAUGUUUAAUAAAACUGG